AUGGGCUCCAAGGUAUUCGCUGCUCUUGUGUGUUGCUUCGCACUGGUGGUGGCCAGUGCCUUACCAUACGGCCAUCAUGGACAUGGUCAUGGGGGUCACAGUGCUUCCAGUCACGCUUCGGUGCAUUUAGUCUCACACGACGAUCAUCACGAUCAUCACGAUCAUCAUGGUCACCAUGGACACGGACACGGACAUGGACACGAUGAUGGUCAUGAUUCACACGCUGAGUACAAAUUCAAUUACGGCGUUAAGGAUACGAAGACGGGUGAUAUCAAAGAGCAGAGUGAACAUCGUCAUGGUGAUAAGGUCUCCGGACAUUAUGAACUGAUUGAAGCGGAUGGUCACAAGAGAACUGUGCAUUAUACGGCUGACAAGCACAGUGGUUUCCAUGCGGUGGUACACCGUGAACCCACACACCAUCAUGCAGCUGAACAUGGACACACCAGCUACCAUGGCGGACACGCCGAGGUUGAAUCGCAUGAUGGUGGAGACGGAGGGGAUGGUGGUCAUAGCCACGGUCAUCAUUAUGGACAUGGUUAUGGGCAUGGUCAUGAUCAUGCUCAUGGUCAUUCGAGUGGCUUCUCAAUCAAACAAGAACAUGGUGUUGCGGUACAUCAUCAUGGUGGUCAUGAUUUCGGUGGACAUGGUGGCCAUUAG